UUUGUACACUCAUCGUGAGAUUAUAUUUAUCAAUGCAAGUGGGAUAAACUUCCAUUGAAUAUUUGGCAAAAAUUUCCCGAAUAUCACAAGUAAAAUCGCGCUUGGCCUGCAAAUGUCACAGAAAGUUUCACAGAAAACUUCCCUUGAAGGUGACGAUUAUGCGAUCGAUUAUCCGUUCUCCAUGGCAUCGAAUAACACAUCAAUUGUAAACUUUGCUCAGAUGAAUACAGACUCAAUGUAUGAUGAAAAUUUCAAUGACAGCAUGGCAUACCAGCUGCUACGGCAUUCAUCUACAACAUCAAUAAUCUAUUGCAUAGCCUACACAUUGGUAUUCAGCGUCGGACUUGUUGGAAAUUUGUUUGUGAUUUCUGUUGUCUUUCGAGUACCGCGCAUGAGAACUGUUACAAAUCUAUUCAUCGCUAAUCUUGCGAUAGCUGACGUGCUCGUGAUUGUGUUCUGUGUACCUGCUACCUUAAUGAGUAAUCUCUUUGUGCGUAAGUACACCUAA